GGUAAUUCUCUCGCUUUAUCAUUUUUGUUUAUACCUUGACAUGCUUUAGUAUAUUUACAUAUACAUAAUAAUUCAUUUAUUGGUUAUUAUAGCUUGCUGAAUAUUUUAGAAGGAUUUGUGCGUUUAAAAGAAUUGUUCAUACUUCAUACAGACAUCUCGUUGUUAAACUCUGAACAGAGCAAAAAAUGCUCUGAAACUACUAAUUCUCUGUUUUUAUUGGUGUGACUGUGACAUAAUUAUAGCUUGGCAUUAGGGUGUCAUCAGUUAGUAGUUGUGCCAUUAUAAUUAUGUUUGUGUAGCAGUUAUGGUAAGAUAUCCUUUUAUUAGUGAUUAGCCUUUUUUCAUUCAUUCUCCCUUCUCUUAUAACCAUAGACAAACCUAUUUCUUCUAUUUGUAGUUGAGUCAGAAAGUAAUGAAAAUUAAUGUUCCUUGUAAUUAAGUCACGAGAUUUCUUUUUAUGUUUUUUAUUUAUAUUAUGUCUUUGACAUGCUUUUGGGUAAAUUUUUAUGGUUGGUUCGCAUUAUAUAUCAAAGGAGGUGCGCAAAUGGUAACAGUGAACUAUGAAUCAAAAGAGGGAGAGAUCACAUUCAGAGCAAUGAGCUUCAACAAGUGCAGAAAUUUGUAUAAGCCUAAUCUGCAAGUUGGAUGAAGUUAUUGUUACCGAAAAAACCACAAGCUCAAAGAGGAGGAAGGUGGAACAAGGCUUUAGACAUUGCUGCUGUUAGUCGUUGUUCCACGUCAAAUUUUGACUCUGAUAAAUCAGAAACAGCUCUUUCAAAAUGGGCAAGACCUAGGACCAUGGCUGCUAAGGUGGAAAAAGGUUUGUCCAAAGAUGAUAAGGCGCAGAAAUUACCUCUAAGGCACUGGCUUGAAGCUGGAUCAAGAAAGCAGUGGAAGAACUCAAUCCAGUGAGGAGAACAGUUUUUGGCAUGCUCUACAACUAGAAGCGGCACAUUUAAGCAUUGGUGCAAGGACAACUUAAUUCGCCAAUAAGCUUGUUGGGUGGGGAAGAUGCCAGACAGGAAGGACCUUGAAACCCUGCUUAUGUUUCUAAGCCUUUUGUUAAUUGUUAUCAUAUUCAUGUAUGAAUAGUGAGGUCGAUUUCUCCUCUUAUUUUUCUCAAAUUGAAUAAUUGAAUACAAUUUUUAUUAUAUGGUACAAAGAGAUAGCUUUGAUAUGUUGUCCACUUAAAGGAUAUAUUAAAUACCUUGAGGUGCUUUUGGUCUUUUGUGCUGUCCACUACUGGUGAUCUUAUAAUUAAUUUAUGCUCUUGA